AUGCACGAAUGUGCAAGCUGUGAUGAGGUGUUUGAUUAUUACGAUGAUCUCGAAGAGCAUAUGGAGGAUUGCGGCCACUGGUUUGAAUGCGAUACAUGUACCAAGACCUUUCGCAGUCAACGUGCCUGCAAUCAACAUAUGGAUGCCCUGGACCACCAUCUAAUCGAAUGUGAAACGUGCACUCGUGAAUUUGGCAGCCAGGAUGCAGCCAAUCAGUACAUGAAUGACAAGGACCAUUGGGAAACUUAUUGUGUCCCCUGUGGUCGUCAUUUUAUGAAUGCAAACAAUCUUCACAUGCAUCGAAACUCACGAGUUCACCGUGGUACCAACAGCCACUGUCCCCACUGCAACGCUGCUUUUGUGACAUCCAGUGGUGUCAAUCACCAUCUCGAGACCGGAUCCUGCCCUAACGCUCCUAACAUGAACCGAGAAUCAAUUCUCCGGAUUCUUCAACAGAGCGACCGCCGAGGUUUGAUCACCAAUAAGCAAAUCAGCUGGCACAAUAACGAAGAGAGUGAGAAAUGCGUGCCGAGCCAUGCUUUCAACGGUUCUGGCUGGGAGUGCUACAUCUGCCACCGCGAGUUCCGAACAUGCCAAUCCUUGACCCAGCACCUGAACUCGCCGAUCCACGCACAAAAAGUUUAUCACUGCCCCAACGGGUCCUGUGGGAAGGAGUUCGUUUCUUUAGCUGGUCUGUUUGCUCACUUUGAGAGUGAGUCUUGUGGGUUUAUGCGAUUUGAGCGAGUACAACAGGUGCAGCGCACUUUGAACAAUGCGAUCAUGGGUCGCCGACAAAUUACCGCCAUCUGA